AUGUUGAAAAUUAAUGUUACAAAAAUUGGUAGACGAUUCAAUCGAUCUUGGCGACGAAGCCUGAAGAGUUUUACGGCAAGAUCUGAAGAAGCUACGGCGAGGUCCGACGAAGCUACGGCGAGGUCCGACGAAGCUACGGCGAGGUCCGACGAAGCUACGGCGAGAUCCGAGAAGCUGUGGCGAAGCAUUCUUCUACAAGAUCAAAAUGGAAUUGCGGGGAGCUUUGUUACAACCUUAAAUGAAGAUUAUGAAUCAAUCUGCUGGGGCUGUGGACUAAACCUCGUUCUUCCAUCAUACGCACCUGUUUUCAAAUGUGGCUGGUGUGGUGCAAUCACGAAUCAGAAUCCAGUCAGACCUGAAACCAGAAGCCUUUGGUUUCUUGCUGAUGGGAUCUGGGUGGCGUCAACAGAUUAUAAAAAUGCAAGUCCUGAUCCACUUCAAGAUGUUGCAGAAGACAUUGUCAACAAUAUUAACACUAACAACAUGGAAGAUAUUUUUCGUUUCUGCAACUUAUACGUUGAUCUCAACUUUGUGGUUUCAGAGACAAAGAUGAUAUGGAUGGAUAGGCUUGGAUUUGACCUUCGAGUGUGGUCUCCACGAGGUGUAUACGAUGUCAGGAUUCCAUUUCCAAUGGAAGUGACAGAUGAAAAAGGAACCAAGUCAUCGUUUAAUGGAAUGUCACAGCUCGCUUGGGAAGUAGAGAAAAGUUAUUGCCCUGCAGAUUUCAACAAGGUUAAACUACUUAAGCAAGUAGUUGGAUCACCACCCAAGGGAGUACAAUAG